UUCAAUUUUGGAUUUUCAAUUUUUCAAUUUCGAAUUUUGAAUUUUUUCAAUUUUGGAUUUUCAAUUUUUCAAUUUCGAAUUUUAGAUUUUUUCAAUUUUGGAUUUUCAAUUUUUGGAUUUCUGACUUAUUUUCAAUGUUUAAUAUAUUUUUUCAACUUUCUGUAUUCUUUAAUUCGACAUUUUUUUAUUUUUUUGGAUUUUCAUUUUGUUAUAUUUUUAUCUUGACAGGUAUUUCCGUCCCUUCUUUUUUUUCCUCUUCCUGUGUCUCAUUUUUUCACCAGACACUGUCUGAACCUAUUCUAGCCAAACACUGGGCCUAACACAACAAACAAUACUCCACCCCAUGGCACACCAUAUAAGGCGUUAAUGUUCUUUGUCUUAAGGCCGUUUCACAUUACAGCAAUAUAUAGAAAAAUAUUGACAGCAAUAUAUUUAUGAAUAAUGAUAUCAAUUGAAAAUUAUUGAAUUCAUUAUAUUGGAAAAUAUUUCGAAUUAUUGCAAAUUGUCUCUUUAAAUGUCUCUUUAAAUGUCCAUUUAAAUUUUGUUGUAAUUCAAAAUGUCUGAGGAACAGAGAAAAGCGGUUGCUGCGAUUAUUAUUGCUACAACUUUACUUCCGACAAACUUUUCCAAACCUAAGGUUACGCGUAGAAUUUGGGUGAAGGAGUGGAUGAAAAAACGAAAAUCGAUCUUAUUGUUAUUUUGCUCCAUCUUUUAUCUUCGAUCGUAUGUUUCAUUUACUGUUUAUUUCAGACAGACAAAUUUCGAAUACUUUGCUGAUUCGAUUUUUCUAUUGUUCGGAGAACAAUUGAGUCUUCUUACAACAAAAGAAUUUCCCUUGCAAUAUUUUUUAAUUCAAACCGUGUUUGAAUUAAAAAGUCUUGACAAGUAUUGAAAGCGAUUGCGUAAUGUUUUUUCGAACGUGUCUCAAAAGUUGGUUUCACAUUAUGUCAAUUAAUUGAGGCAAUAUUUUUCAAUAGUUAUCAAUAAUUUCCAAUAUAUUGGAUUCAAUAUAUUUCUGUAAUGUGAAACGGCCUUUAAUUGUUGUCGGGAAUCCACGCGAAUUCUGCCAAUAAAAGGCGCAUCAUGGCACAUUGUUCCAACACAACACAGUCUGACGAAGCCAUGGAUCCAACGUUUACCUUUCGUAUUGAUGGUGAAAGAGGCAUGGAUAGGACUUUAAGAAGAUCGCAAGUAACAGUAGAACGACUCGCAAUGAUAUUUAAGGUAAAAUAAUCUGUCAUCUAAUGUGGCUUACACCCACUAACUGAACUUAACUUUCCUCUGACAUACUCAAAUUAUGUUAUAGCUUUAGGCGGAUACAGUAUACCUUACUGAAGAUUUCGGUAGCUCUGAGUUUCCGAACGAGGACGGCACCUUCCAGUGUUUGUCACAGGCUGUCGAAGGAACACUUUACACAGUAGAGGGAGAAAGUAUUGUAAAUGCGCAGCAUAUAGAUGCUCCAUCCCCACAGUUUGGGAUUUUUCGAACUCAAGCGAGAAGAAGCGCACCUGGCUACGCUUCUUCCACUACGACAACUUCGGCAACGAGAAAACGAAGUAACGCUUUACCGGAGACAUUUUCGUUGAAGCUCAUAUUGGCGGAACCCAAGGGCGAAAAAAUAACUGAGAAUGAUCAUGUGAGAAUGGUGUAUGCACAAAUCAACGAAGAGAACGCAAAUGUGAGAAGCAUAACUAGUGCCGCAAUGAACAUGUUCAACGAUACAAAUAUAGUACUAGGACAAUCAAAUCUUCUGAAGUAUGAAGAUUCACCAGCAACAAGAGGCGUGUCGUUUUGGAAAUGCAAUUCACGGAAAGUAUUCUGCGUGUCAACAAUCUUUGUACGCUCACACAGUACCUCCAACACUAAUUACACAACUGCAACGCCACAGCCAGAUGACAUCUUAAUCAAACUGGAAGAAAUAAAGGCGUCUAUGAAGUCCAUGGUGGCUGUAGAGUGUCGCAGUGAAGAUGUAGAAGCGUUGAAGAGAUCAUUACAAAUGCACCGAAUAAAAGCCCCUUUGGUUGAUGCUUUCCAAUGUCUCAUUUGCAACGAUUUGGCUACACCACCAAUCAAUUUAUCGUCUUGCUGCAGGCAAAUUCUUGGUUGUGCGAACUGCAUUUUGCAAUGGGCAGUAAACGAGGAGCGGUGCCCACACUGUCGUUCCAGUGAUAUGAACGCUUAUACUGUAGAAAGUUUAAAUUGUAUUUUAGAAGUUCUUAGAAAUAUUAUAUUAGAUAACUAAAAAAUAUGUUGUUUUUACUUGAUGUUUAAACUUGAUAGGUAAUAAAAUACCUUAUUGUAUCUAAGAACAAGCGAUAUAAGAACAUAAUAGUUACUUCUUUAUUGGUCGAAAUGUGAAAAGGAGUUUAAUCCAUUCUUGACUUUACGUGGCUAAAAACAUUAUGCUUAUAAAAAAUGUACCUUUUCGGUAAAAAAAAGUCGGCAAAAAUAGAAAGUCGGCAAAAAAAAAUUAGUAACCUAGCCAAAAUUUAGUCACUUUUUGUAAAGAACAUAGUAAAAUAUUUUAAGUUCUAAACUGCGGAAAUAAGAUCGUCCUUAGGAAUUCUAGAAGUUCAGCGCAUCUAAAGGCCGUUUCACAUUACAGCAAUAUAUAGAAAAAUAUUGACAGCAAUAUAUUUAUGAAUAAUGAUAUCAAUUGAAAAUUA